AUGCAGACUACAGACCUUCCUUCAUGGUUGUGGCUCCCACUCGAGGACAACUGUGAGUGGGAUUCCCCAUUCAACAUGGGGAACUGCUUCGACCAACAGUACCACAACGUCUUUUUCGUUUUGAUCGAGGCGUUAAUCUACCUCACACGGUUCACGACGUUGCCGUUAUUUCUCUUCUUCGCGGGGAUGCACGGCGAGUGUAUGGCCACCUUGCCCAUGGCCAUCCUCUCUACAAUCACCAUCAUCCCCAUGAUCCUCUUGCGACUCAUCUGGGCAGAAGACUGCCACACCUAUGGGGGUAUGGGCAACCCCAUGGUGGAAUAUUCUGUCAAGACCUGGGCCAUCCUCUCCAUACCAAACAUUGUUUCAUGGGCUCCCAGUGCCGCUUUCAUGGUGAGCCAGUUGGUGCGAAUCGUUGGGGAAACUUUCAUUUCUCUUCGUAUUCAAGCCGACUCCAACUUCGACGCCGAGACUCUUUUCCCUGCUCCCUUUGCUGGGAGGGACUGGGAUUCAGACCUCGGCGAAUCCGGUGCAGAAGCCUGGAUAAAAAAUGCCCGACGGCAGGAAGAAGAGGGGGUUGCAGCGGAGCAGAGGAGAUUGGAGCAGGCCUCUUUGCUGAUGCAGAAGCUCGCAGAUGAGAACGACACCGCCAUAUGGAAAGCUAUCAGCAGGAGGCGACCACAGCCCAUCUUCAGACGCCAGUCAGCUCUAACUCACUGGCAAGAGACUGAGCUGCUGGCCGAAGAGAAGGGCCUGAGCAAGAAGCAAUUCUUGGCUCGGCGCUAUGAGGUCGUGCCAGUGGACCAGAGCACUCAGUCGGACCCGACCGACUUUACUGACGACAGGGUGAUGAAGACGCCGGUCAGUCCGAUUGCCGAGAUCCCCCCUUCUCCCGGCGUUCAGUCUGACUUGGCCGAGUCCCCUGUUCUGACGCAAGUCGAACUGUCUGAGCCAGCUCCCACUAGCUCCUCUCCACCAUCUCCUUCUGCCCCCUCCCCUCACGAGACGACACCGAAGAAGCCAGUUUCUUCACCCACCACCACCGCCAUUACACCUGGCAGAGAGAAGCCUCCUCGUAGUGUCUCCUCGGCAAGAGGUUGUCGAGGCCAUCAGCCCUCUGCCCUCUCUCCCAUCUCCUGGCGUCGUUGGUGUUGUAUCCUCUUCCCCUCUGAAGAAGAGCCCCCUCCCCAAGCCAUCGUUCCUUUUGCAGAACCGGCGGGACUUGAACCCACACAACAGCCGCCAUCGCCCGAGCAGGCCGCCGGUUCUGCCACUUCCUUCGGCCACGAGAUUCCAUGGAUCCCCGACAUCCCCGAAGAACUCCUUUUCACAGCGGCGAAUGGAAGUGAGGACGGCCGGGAGGAAAGCCUUCACCAGGGGCUCUUCCAACCCACUACUUGCAUCUCUCCCUCCUGGGACCCCACCGAACUUGAUGCCGCCAUCGAUGCUCUGCUGAACAAUGUCGAUGAGGUGGGUGAGCAGGUUUGGGAUGAGAUGGCGAUCGAUAAUCGCCAAGCCGAGGAUGUGGAGAUGGAAGAGCAAGGCGAAGGUGAGGUAGAGGUACUGACUUCGUCGCAGGCCGUCAACUGCGAGAUGGAGGAGGCCGCUAUGGAACCUCUGACGGAGGAGGAGCAGGAGCGGAUGAUCCAGGAGGCCUCAUGGGAGGCGUUGGCAGCUCUCCUCGGCGAGGAUGAGUUCUGUGACGAUCCAUCACGGAUGGUCAUUGACCAUGUCGUCGCGCCUACCCAAGCUCUCUCCGUUCCGCAACUCCCCCUUCCAGAGUUCCACCGACCUCCACCACCGCAGGCCUCCAUCUUCCAUUUCGAGGCCUCCCGGCAGACCGUUCCAGCAGACUAUGGCAUGUCCCAGCAGGAACAGGAAGACCUCGAAAUGGAAAUGGAGGCAGCGUUCGACACCGAGAUGGAGGACGCGAGGGACGAGGAAGAGGUUGGCAUGGGCCCUCAAGCACCCGUUGAAGAGAUUCGCCCACGGAGGAUCUUGGUACCAAGGGCUCAGGGAUCCCGACACAAUCCCAGCCAACCUCCUACUCAACCCACGCCCACUCCAUCUACAACCACCAAGGAAGUUGAAUCUCAGUCCAAGAGGGCUCGGCCCCCGUCCACCGAGCAAAUGGCCCCUGAGCCCAAACGGGCUCAACAUGUUCCCAUCCAUCCUUCGUCCCCUCCCACCACGCCCACUCCCACAAAUGCUUCGCCCAAGCGGCAACCAAAUAACCAACACACAACCACCAGCGCCCAUACCAGCGGCAGCUCCCCUUCUACUACUAUAACUCCUGAGCAGAAAGCCGCCUUCGAGAAGAAGAAGCAGGCACAGAUCAAAGCGCAACAGGAAGCUCGAAGAAGCAAAAAGCCGAACCUAUUUCACCAAAGCAAGAAACCAGCUACACCGGUUCACCCCUCCCCCAACACACCUCAUCGACAAGGCACUCCCAGCCAACCAACGACACCAUCGCCAAUGCCACAGAUCAAAGAUGGCAGCGUGAAAGCGGCUGCCGAAGUAACCUUCGGCACGCCCGGCUCAAAUCAAAAGAAGGAUGGGCCCAAGAUCGUACCAGGCAUCCCAAGCCACCUACGAGACCUGGUCGCAGGCAGAACGACCGAGGACGAGGAAUAA